AACCACGCAGUAGCAUGGUUCCCGUGGACGGAUACCGACUCCGAUCUGCAACAUCAUCGGUAGUCGGAAAUGUCGUUGUGCUGCUCGUUUCUCCACCGUGCGAUUUACGCCGUUUAGCGUGCCCAUAGUUCUUAAACGACAGUGUGUGCUCGCUGAGACCGCCAUGAGCGCCGGAGACGUGGAGAAUGCUUCGCACAUCGAAGCCGAAACAAGUUUCGAAGUGCAGCUUUACAUUUACGACCUCUCCAAGGGACUUGCCAAGACGCUUUCGCCCAUGCUCAUAGGGAAGCAGCUGCCCGGUAUAUGGCAUACAAGUAUCGUGGCCUACGGCAGGGAGUACUUCUUCGGUUCGAUGGGUAUCGAAAGUUGCGGAGUGGGGGAGACCAUCCUCAAAGAACCAGACCAGAUUCUGAGCCUGGGUCGCACCGAGCUCCCGUACAGCUUGUUCUUGGAGUACAUCUUUGCCCUCGGUGAAUCCGGCUACAAGCCACACACUUAUGAUCUGUUUCGUCACAACUGCAACAACUUUACACAAGAGGUGGCCGUGUUCCUCACAGGGAAGUCCAUCCCCCAAGAAAUUCUGGACCUCCCUGAUGAGUUUCUGAGCACGCCUCUGGGCGGCACACUGCAGACUUACUUUGAGAACCUCUCACUUCGAGGGGAAACAGCACGUGGGCUCAGCUUUGGUGGUGGAGCUCCGACGGACUUCAUUCCCUUCACCCCCGUAGAUCCGUGGGACCAAAGGACCAGGAGUUCCAUAUCACCCCCUGAACAAGUGAGGCAACCAGCACCACCUGUGGCUCGAAACAUGUCUUCGGAGACAGCAACAGAGCCGGCUACAGAGGAAGCCACGCGGCCUGCUUCAGAUACGGCAGCAGCUGACAGCAACGGGGAGAUUGAAGACCGGCCGGCACCUGUCCGAAAGUCUCGGCGAUACAGUGACCCACCUGUGUUCUACCCACAAGUCGACGGUGCUGCUGCACUGAAAGAACUCGAGGGUCACCUGGAGAGCGUCAUCAAUGACCAGGAGCGGUCAGCACUCAGGGAGCUGCACGAAUACCUCGUCACGGACAAUGGAGCAUGGGCCCUCGGAACGCCGCAGCUCGACCUGUUCAACAAGUUGCUGACCGACCCUGGCCUGUCGUCGGCCGUGCGACUGUCGCUCCUGCGGGUGCUUCAGGCAGCAGCACUCAAGGAGGACGUCAUCCUGUUCCUCCACCAGGACCGCAAGAGCCACUGCAUCAUGAGCUACGUGUACCGCAUCGAGAGCCUGUCCCCCGAGGAGCAGGACGAAGUGCUGAAACUGCUCUGCAACCUGUGCAGCAAUGUGAGCAGCUACGACUGGCUGCUCUACAUUUCCGAGUGGAGCGAGGAGAGCGGCCAGUCGUGCAACAAUGCCAAGGCCACUGUGCGCGCGGUUGUCCAUGGCCUCCUCUGCGACAGACCUGAGGCACAGGAGCGCAGCGCAGCCCUCAUGUUCAACCUCUCCCUCAAGGAGCUUUUUGAUGACACGGCAACAGAGCUGUCCACAGCCAUCCUGCAGUACCUGCACGGAGACAUCAGGGAGGAACAAGCUUUCUACUGCUUAACGGCGCUUCUACGGUUUCUACAGAUCAGCUACAAUGACGUGCCUGCCCUAGUAAAAAUGCUUGGUCCAGACCUGCAGAAGUUUUCUGGUGCUUCGGAACGGGUCAAGAAGCUUGUCGACGAGAUUGGUCUCAAGCUUUCGGUGUCAAUAUCAGCGUGACGGCACUGAGGCAUCCAUGCAAAGCGUACUGUCACCCACAGGAGUUUUAAAAAGCUGGGGUUCACGGAAGAACUUGAAAUAUCAUCCCAGGUGUUCUGUAAUAGAAGGGUGCAGUCAUGCAAUUCUGGUUGUGACCAAGACUAUGCCACCGGACAAUCUUCAAGAUUCCACAAUUUGGCUGCCCUGCAGAGCUGCUCUUUUAAAUAAGUAGUGACACAUAGUAUGUUCGAAAUUUUAGAAAAUGCCACGCUUCUAGCAAUUAAUUACUUAGCAAGUACAGCUGUUGGGAAACUCUUGAGAUAUAUUAAUUUGAUACUGCUAAACAUGAUCUUGAAAUGCUGGACCUGAUGUCAUCAACAUUCUUGUGACUUCAUGAUAGAGAGUAAAAUUUGAUGCCACUGUGUGGCAGUAAGGCUAGGUGUCAUUAUGUUUUUGAUAAAAAAUAAGUAAACAAGUGCGCUAUGUGUGGUUCUCCUGGCAGUCACAGAGAUCGCAGGAACAGAGCUUGCUAGCAUAUUGUGACGACACAAUGCAUCUACUUUCUGGGUACCAAAACUGGUUUGUAGAAACAAGCACUAAAGUAAAUUUUCUAGGGUGCCCCGUCACUUGCCACUAUCUAGUGUCUAGAGGGUUCAGAACUUCAUUUAACACACAAAAAAAUACCGAGAGACAUUCAAAACAAUGUGUUUCAUACUCUUAUGAAGGCACUUGUCCACAGACUGGAUUUGUACCCUAGGCUCAGACCCCUGAUGGGUCAAGUGAAAGUGGAAAGACACCGGGGAAUUAUUGUCUAGCUAGAAUGCGCCUUGCUUUACAUUUAUUUGACUUUUACAAGCACUAAUUCUGAAAUUUGGUGACAUCGCACUUUUAACUUCCGCCGCCUGUUCUCUGUUGUAAGGAUGUGGUAGCAGUUAUAUCCUUGUGCAAUAACUCUCACCUGUUGUGCAACCUUUCAUAUGUGCAGUGACAUUUCUGGUGUCUAACUGGUGGAGCAACUAAUCAUGUCAUGGAGUAUGUAGAUGCUAUUGAUGUCCUGCUUUCAGAAUAGUACUGUCGCAUCUUAACAUAAUGAAUUAUCAGAUAUAAUAAAGUAAAUGUAAACUGUUUCUUGCAAAUAUCAGCAUGUAACAAAUAUAAGUAAGCUUAUAAGGAAUAUUGGAUUUAACAAAAGUAUUCUUGUGUCAAAUGUAAUUUCAUUAUGACCAAGUUUGGUUGUAUUGUUAAAUAUUGGCCCUUGAUGGAUGAAUUUGUUAGCAGUUUUCUGGCCAGGGCAGCCGACAGCACAAAAUUUUGCCAAAUACCAAACCUGUGCUAUACCCCCCAUCUGCGAGAUCUUUUUCUGUGGCCUCAUAUACUGUAGUUGUCUUGUUUCACCCUAACGCAAAUGUGAAAGGAAGCAUGUUUGAAGUGGCUGCUCAGCUUGUUCAAAUUCUAUGGUGGCUCUUGUUCCAAAAUGGCCUUGCAGCGUAAAAAAACUGCAAAUAAUGCUUGUCUCAGGUGUUGGGUUUUGUUAUCCAUGGGCAAAGCACCUCAGGCCUAUGUUUCUAGCUGCGGCUGCUACUGUUUAAAUGUGCCUUUUUACAAUAUCUUUUAAAGUGAAGUGCAUAGUGUUACAAGACAUUUCAGCAACGGUAUUGUACUAAUCAAGUUUGCUCUUAGGAAGACAUGUAAUGUAUUUGUCUUUUGGUGCUCUCUUUUUUUAUAUACCGCAUUUUUUUCUACCCUGCGAGAAUGAUCUUAACGAACAAUGUUAGUUGCAUUUUCUACUUAUGAGGGUUAUGUCGUAUUUUACCCGGUGUAUAAGGUUCAACAGUUUCUCUGAACCGUACUAAGCACACCUUUUUUGCGAAUAGGACUGCUGCAAUAAUGGUUGCAUGAUCUGACACAAAAUACUCGUUAUGAAGUGAUAUUUUUUGCGCAACAUUAUAGGGGGAAAUGUUGCAGCAUUCCUGAGCACAUGCAAGUUUUGAAGCCUGUGCAUUUAGGAGCAAUAAGAUAUUACGAUUUUAUAGCUAUUGACACCAUAUGUUACGUCAGGAUUGAGACGGGCAGCUAGUUAUUCUUGCAUAUUUGGCUGCACAUAUCUUUAUUGUACAUGCACAAUUACUCGGGUGACUAACCGUUUAUGUUGGACAAGAUAUAUAUAUGUGGCACUUGUUUGGUGGAAUAAAAAAAAGCUCGUUUAUAAACUUC